GACCCAGGCAUUAGGAACCUUGUUUCUGACAAACAGGACUCCUUAGCACAAUGUGCAGACUACAGGAAUAGUUUACCAUCACAAGAAGCCAUGCUGUGUUCAGGACCUUUAGCCAUAAUACAGGGAUGGACAUCAAAUUCAGGAAGGCAAGCUGCAAGACUAUUCUCCAUGCCUCACUUAGUACAACAAGAAACAACACUGGCUUACCUGGAGAAUCAGAUAGCAGCAGCACUUACGUUACAGUCCAGUUACGAAUACCACCAUUGGCUCCUUAUCUAUGCACGGUACCUAGUUAAUGAAGGGUUUGAAUAUCGCCUGCGAGAAUUAUGCAACGAUUUAUUGGGUCCAGUCCAUUACUCAGCUGGAAGUCAGUGGGAAUCAACAGUCGCGGGUUUACGAAAGAGAGAGCUACUGAAAGAACUGCUUCCUGUCAUCGGACAGAAUCUCCGUUUCCAGAGACUUUUCACGGAAUAUCAAGAGCAGCUAGACAUCUUGAGAAACAAAUCGUCUUUUCCCUGAAGGACCUGGUCUAAGGGAAACUGCUGAACAGCAUUAGCCAGAGACAGAAGAGAAGAGAGCCCAGCCAGAAUGGGAUACUCCUGAAAGGGGCAGUACCAGAAUGGCCCCACAUGUUUCAUGAGUGAUAAAAUUUAGUUUCUCAAGAAGCUCACAAAGACUCAUAUGGAAACGAGUGGCGGAGCUGUUUUCCAAGUGGAAUUUGAACAUUAAAGCUUUGGCCUGUGUUCCUAUAGAAGGUUGUAGAUCUGUACUUCUAGGGGGUCUUUUUGGGUCUGAAACUUGUGAUACCAAGGAGAUUAGCUGAGAACGGUUUGGGGGAUUUUUUUGGCUGUUCCGUGAAAAGCACAGUACUCCAGAAUACACUGAGCAGCAUAUCAACCCUGUUCAGGGGUUUUUGCCUGAGGAUUA